GAGGGUAGCCUUCACUUCCACGAAUCCCGCCUCCUUUUGAAAGAAAGUUUGACUUGAGACGUCCUCCUCACAUCAGAUUGCGUUCGAGCGAUUUUCAAAAAAUUUCACCUGGGACCGUAACUAUACAGGACAUCCGCCUCACGCGUCUUGGAUUAGCUUGAUCAGGUCUGUGUUUUUAACCUUCGAUUAAGGGCACGUGUUUAUAAAAAGAGGUUCAUGGUCUUGGAGCACCUCCUUUAAGUGCAUGGCAAUGCUCAGAAACUGUGGUGCGCUCAAAAGAAGAAGCAGAAGUGGAGGGAGGCACAGGAUAUCAUCUGCAUGUGUACGCCUAUUACCAGCACUGUGAAGGCACAUACAGUAGGCGAGCUCAGAGAUACUGAGCACGUUUUAACUGUUCCACCAAAACACAACGUGCGACUCACAAGGUCCAGAUGGCGGAUAACAUCCCCUCAGGAUUUGUGGAGGCCUGUGUGGUUGUUGGAGCAGCAGGGGACAAACUCAAACAGCUCCUUCAGGCUCGGGACAAAGACCUCCCCCUGCUGGACCCUGAAGUGCUGCAGGUGCAUGCGCCACCCUUCGUCAGCAAGGAGAGCUCCAGUGACAGUCCUGGCCAUGCGCCGGCCUUCAGCCGCAUCCAGAAGAGGCGUUCAUUCAUGAAGAAGAAGCGUGACAGGGUCACCACACCCUCCAGGGAAUUGGCAAAGGGCGACGGGGAGCCCCCUGCCACCACUGUUGUCGCCUCCACCACGGAGGAUGUCAGCGUCCCCAAGGACAUUGACCUCAUCGCUUUGCCCCAGCUGUGUUUUCCAGAGGGCCUUAAAAUAUCCGAGGAGUGCAAAGAGGACUCUUACCACUUCCUGGUGUUCACAGACGUGUUUGGGAACCGGACGCAUGGGGUAGUGGUGCAGUAUCACAGACACAUACAGGCUUCUCAAGAUGGACAUGGACAUCAAAAUGGUCACUGGACAUCUCCCAAAGGGCCCAGACUCUACACAACAUACGCCAUCUGUGUAAUUUCCAAGUACCCUUAUUACAAUGCCCUGAGGGACUGUCUGUCAUGCCUCCUGAUUCAGUUGCGGACUUGCCGAAUGGUGGACUUUGAGGAGAGGGUGAAGGAGUUCACAGCCAAACUGGCACUCGUGCCCAUCCCUCCGCCUGGGCAGCUUCAUGUGGUGUUCAGUCUCCGACCACUUCAGAUCUUCCUCCCUUCUCGCGAGGAUAAGGAGCGACCGGCCGUUGACCUGGACCUUCAUCUACCUUUCUUGUGCUUCAGGCCGCAGCAACUCCUGGAGAUCAUCACCAGCAUCCUGAUGGAGCAGCGGGUGGUGUUUGUGUCCUCGGACUGGGCGCGCCUCACCCUGGUGGCCGAGUGCUUCAUGCGCUUCAUCCACCCGCUCCACUGGCAGCAUCCCUUCGUGCCCAUCCUCUCCCACCAGAUGCUCGACUUCCUUAUGGCGCCCACCUCCUACCUCAUGGGCUGCCACGCGCAACACAUCGAGGAAGUGGCCGCGGAAACAGAUGACCUGAUUCUCAUCCACAUCGAUGAGGGGAUAGUAUCGUCCUCCAGUGCAGACCACCAUGGCCUGCCAGAGACGCCCUGGGCUGCCAGGGAGUGCUUCACAAGACGGGUGGAGGGGUUGCAGAUACACUACGACCUGGAAGUGUGUCGAUUGGGUGCGGGCACUGACGUGAAUGACCUGCGCGCCCAGAGGAGACAGUGGCAGCACACACUCAACACUGAGAUUCAGAGGAUCACUCUAGAGCUGAUCGUCAACAUCUUCAGAGAUGUACAUGAUCAUCUUAACUAUGAACACAGAGUCUUCAACAGCGAGGAGUUCUUAAAAUGCAGAGAACCAGCUGAUCAGAUGUUUUACAAGAAGGUUUUGGACACCCACAUAUUCCAUUCCUUUCUGCGAGAUCGUCUGAAUAAGAAGAUGGACUCUUUCUCUCGCAUGGAACUGAAGACAAGAUCAGACAUCCACAAACUAAGGACCAUGAUGGAUGUACCUCGGAGGCCCAACAUGCAGGAGAUGGCUCGAAAAUGCACUACUCCAGAGAACCGCCUUAGUAGGAAAUUAGGCAUGAGUUUGCCCAAUUUAGCAGAGCGAGCUCCCAUGGACAGUGUCAGAAAGACCUCCCUCAAGAAAGUCACCUUGAAUGGAGAAGUAAAGGCUCCUCAGAAACCCAUUAAGACCUUCCGGCUCCCUGAGUUUCCUCCACCACUCUCCUACGUGUACGUUCAGAACUACUACUCGGACAUGAUCAGUCAGCUGGGGAAGGCCAUGUCCUGCUUGGGUCCAGAGGACUCGUCCCUACUGGCCCGCUACCACUACAUGCGCGGCUUCGUCAGCUACGUGGCCGGCAAGCGUCUGGACGCGCUGGGCGACUUUCAGAACCUCCACAAGACGGACACGGACAUCUUCCCGGUCGAGCUGGUCCGGGCGCUGGUGGACUCGCUGGCGGCGGACGAGCGCAGCCAGGCCGAACGGCGGCCGGAGCUCGCGCGGCUCAUCAGCCGGUCCAAGAGGGACCAUGAGGGCGAGCGGGCGCGCCCCGACAACUUCGCCACCAUCAAGAAGUUCCAGCUGCCGCGGACGCACCUUCAGCGCGAUGACUUUGUGCGCCGCAUCCAGGAGUCGGGCAUCGUGAAGGACCUGAACACCAUCCACAGGCUAUUUGAUGCCCUCACUGUGGGUCAGCAAAAGCAGGUGGACCCCGAGGUCUUCCGCUUCUUCUACACCAUCUGGAAGGAGACGGAGGCCGAGGCCCAGGACGUGGACCUGCCCACUGCUGUCCUGGAGCACCUGGAGACCAAUGAGUGCGUCUACAAGCUCUCGUCCUCGGUCAAGACCAGCCACGGCGUGGGCAAGAUCGCCAUGACCCAGCGCCGCCUCUUCCUGUUGACCGAUGGGCGGCCGGGCUAUGUGGAGAUCACCAAGUUCAGAGACAUUGAGGAAGUGAGGAUCUCGUCCGCUCCUUUCCUUCUCCUGCGUAUCCCCUCGUUGAAGAUCAAGAGCUCGCUGAGGAAGGAGACGUUCGAGGCCAAUCUGAAGUCCGAGUGUGACCUCUGGGCGAUCAUGAUCAAGGAGAUGUGGGCUGGGAGGAAGAUGGCCGAUGAGCACAAGGACCCCCAGUACAUGCAGCAGGCUUUGACCAAUGCCCUUCUGAUGGACGCUGUGGUGGGCUGCCUCCAGUCACAGAAGGCCAUCUACGCUGCCUCUAAACUGGCUUACUUUGACAAGAUGAAACUGGAAGUGCCCAUGAUGGUCCCCAAGACCACUGCGGAGACCCUGAAGCACAAGAUCAACCCGUCCCUGGACCAGACUUCUCCUCACGCUGUGGACGUGUUGCUGUACACUCCAGGGCAGCUGGGUGUGUCGGGCAUGGACGGUGGUGGGAACCCCAAGCUGUGGUGUGCGCUGAGCGAUGGGAAGGUAGUGGUGUUUGAUGCAGCCAGCUGGUCCAUGCAGCAGAAUUCAGUCCAAGUGGGCUCGUCUCAACUGAACUGCAUGCUGGGAGUUAAUCAGCAGCAGCUGUGGAUCGGCUCGCAGGACUCGGUCAUCUACAUCAUUAACCCACGCAGCAUGUCCUGCAACAAGCAGCUGACCGAGCACCGCAGCGAGGUCACUGGCCUGGCCCUGGAGGAGCGCGCCGACAAGUACAGCCAGCUGGUGGCGUACUCGUGCAGCGCCGAGGGCACGGUGAUAGUGUGGGACGUGUCCACGCUGCAGGUGCGCAAACACUUCCGCCUGUCCUGUGACCGUCUCCAGUCUCUGCAGGUGCACAAUGGCUGGCUAUGGUGCUGUGCAUGUGACAGCAUCCUGGAGGUGCGUCGUAACGGAGCCGUGCAGCGUCGUGUGUCUCUCCCUCAGCAGAACCCCCGGGGCAGCCCAAGCUCCACCAUCAGCCACGGUUCCAGCCUCAGUUCCAGCCUCAGCAGGGGCUCCUUCAGCUGCUUCCUGCUGUUUGAUGAGACGGAGCAGUUGUGGAGCGGUUGUGCAGACGCUGAUGAACUGUGUGUGUGGCACUGCCGAGAUCUUACCAAGCCCUUUCAUCGCAUCCAGCUGCAGGACUGUGCAGGCGUGCUGUGCAUGAUCAAGGUCAAGAACCAGAUCUGGGUGGGUUGCCGUGGGCGCAGCAUGGGGCAGGCGCGGGGGAAGAUCUACGUGGUGGACACAGAGCGCCACCUGGUGGAGAAGGAGCUGGUGGCGCACAGCGACCGUGUCCAGGCCCUGUGCUCGGCUGAGGACCGCUACGUGCUGAGCGGGGCGGCGCGUGAGGAUGGCAAGAUCGCCAUCUGGAAGGUGGAGUAGGUAAAGAAUGUGCUGGGGGGGGGGGGGGGGGGGGGGGGGUCUAUUCUGAGAGAAGGGCAAUUCUGUACAAUUCAGGACAUUUUUGGACAAUUCUCAGGACAAUUGUGCCAUUGCUGCAGAAUAGAGGGAGACCUGUAUUAUACGGUGCUGAAGGUGACCGUGACCAGGAUGCAUACUGUAUUAUAAAACGGUAUAAAUGAAGGGCUGUUUCAAGGUGCACACUAAGACUUUCAAGGACAAAUGGACGUUGUGUUUCUGGAGUUAGACUCCGAAAAUCAAACUCUGUGAAACGAUCCUUAUGGGCUGUGUGAAUCAGCUGUAACUGUUUACAGUGUAAAUUGUCAUAUAGUAUUCUCUGUAAUGUCACAUUCAAUUUAUUUACAUUUCCUUAUUUAUUAGCUGUAGAGUACCUUUUAGUAUGUACAGAAUAGACAUGAUGUACCUAUGUUUUUUUAAUUAUUAUUACUUCUCAUGUCCACUUUAUAUUAUGUAAACUCCCAUUUUGCAUGGUUCUCAGCAGUAUUUUUUACCCAGAAAGUAGCAAUAAAAUACUUGUCUUUAUGUAUGUACGUUUUAUAGUAUUAGCUGAAGAUAGCUUAAAACUAUAAUGGGAAAUUGAUACGAAAGAGGAGGAAUGAAUGCAUUACAGCUUAAUCUUGUUUGUGAAAGAUUUCUGUCAAGUACCUCAACAAUUACAGUUUACCAUUUUGCCCACUAGAGGUCGGUAAACAUGUGCAAACACUAAGAUAUUUGCAACUUCAGCCCAGUAGGGGAGCUGCAAUGUUUUUUUUUUUAAAUCUCAUUUUAAUAAUUUAAACGUACCUUAAAAUGACACUUUUCCCAUUUGGGGGCACUUUAGGUUCAACAUACAGUGCCAUUCAAAAGUUUGGGGUCACUUAGAAAUUUCCAUCCCAUUCCAUUGUAGACAAUACCAGCUGAGAUCAGUUCAGAUCAGCAAUGUUUUUUUAAUCAGGGCGGCAGUUUUGAGAUUACAUUAUGUGCUUUCAUAAUUGUGGUAAUAAUAAAGGGUUCUCCAGUGUUUUCUCAGUUAACCUUUUAUUAACUUACAAACAUUGUUGAGAGAAUUUCCCCCAGGUGUGUUUUAUAGUGUAUCUGUAGUAAUAUGCAUUUGUACAUCCUUUUGUACUUUGAUAUUUAUUUAUUAAUCCUGAUUUAUAGCACCUGAUUUAUAGCACAUUACUGCAGUGUUUGGAUCUCAUCAACUGGAGCUUUUGGACGUGUAGAUGUGAUUUCUCAUCAUCAUGUGAUUUCAAUUCACAGUCAUCCAAAUUGCAAUCGGGAAACCCAUCUGGUUGCCUGAGUUUUUAAUCCAAUCUGAGAACCUCUGAGGCCAAAAAAACCCGGCAGAUGUCAAAUCUUUAUACCAUCUCACCAGUGAUGACAGUGAUUUUAGUGUUCUCAUAGUUUUCUUUUUACUCUAUACAUUCACUUCACGUUUGCACCAUAAGAUGGAUCACAGCUUGUUUAAAGGUCUUAAAACCCUGUUGCAGAUUAAAGAUUAUAAAAACAAUGGAUUCUGCAGAUUUCCCCAGACCGGGGCUUACCCAGUUUAAUUCCAGUACAGUUUUGCUGGCAGGGAUUGAGAAUAAUAUCUCGAGGAAUCCUAAUCUGCAACUUUACUAUUUGCAGAUGUCUUUUUCCACAGAGAGUAGGGGAUGAGAUUAUGUGAUAUGUGAACUACUUUGAGCUCGAUCUUAACAUUUAAAGUACUCCAAAAAGAUAACCGUCACUUCAUAUAUGGAGAGUUCUAAACUAAAAUGUUGGUCUAUGUUACUGCUGUCUGAGCUUGGAAGCUAAGCUUUGAAGACUAUACUACCAAAGGAUCUCUUAUUUCAACCCUCCUCAUGAGUGCAAACUCAAACAGCUUAAUCAGACUGGGUGUGUGGGCGUGCUGUGAACUGUGUGCCCUGGAUUCACAAGAUGGAUGAUGGAAGAUGCCUCUUCUGCCUCUGUAAUGACACUAUGUACAGAGAGCUUGGCUCCAAAGCAAACAUCUGAAAGUCAUUAAACAUCACGUCACGUG